AUGCAACAUAUCUCAAGAUUGCCUCAGGAGCUCUGCAGUAAACCCGAACCCCUUGUGGUCCUCUCUGGGUUGGAUACUGAAGGCAACCAAGUUCAUCGCUCUGUAUGGAAGGCUUUCACCUGUAACCGAGGCUAUGACCGCGAUCCCCUUGCAUUUCAUUGUCUUCCGGUGGACCACCAAUUUCCGAGGCCAAAGCUCAAGCCGGCAGGAGCUCAGGACUGGUUUCUACCCAAAGGAAUUCUCAAAACUGGGUGGAUGCGAAAGCAUCUAGAAAAUGUGCCUGCUGUUGUCGCUGUCUUUUUCACCUUGGAUUGGGCAGAACCUCACUGGGAUGAGCGAUCGUCUGAGUGUGCUCGUCUCGUAGAGACUGUGAGGUCUAACUUGGCCGGCCGUGAGAGCAAACUUGUUUUGAUCCUCAUUCAAACCCGUGCGCUGCUUCCUCUGGGCGAAGAUUUGAAUGCAAUGGAACGCGCUCAAGCUCUCUGUUCAAAAUGUGAUCUGCCUGGGAAGAACUUGUUCGUCCUGUCACACACCAACUUGCUGUAUGGUUGCAUCACCAGAUUGGAGGGUGAAUUUCGCGACAUUGCUGCAAAUUAUUAUCAUCAACGAAUCAAAAAAAUCAAGAUGCACAAAGACAGUCUGAACAAGUCGACUCACCAGCUUUUAUUCGUCCGCUACGAAUUCAAAAUAGCUUUCUUUGGUGAACUGAUGCAGGACACCUCGCUCGCUAUGAAACAUUAUCAGUACGCUUAUAACCAUCUGCUCGAACAACGAAUGCUCGAUAUUCACGCAUUGGAACUGAAAACUGUCGCUGCUUUUAUUAACUACAAGAUUUGUCGUCUGGCUUUUCAAACCAAUGCAUCAGAUGCCAUAUCUCAGUUCCGCAAACACAUCGAAUUCUUUUCCACUUUUUCUGGAAUGCCUCAGCUAGCUUUCGAACAUGAGGCAUGGAUGUCCAAACAAUUCGAGAUCCUUGGGGAUCUCUUUCAGGAAGCCAUUCAUCUAAGCCUAACGGCGCUAAUGACACAACAUCCUGGGCUUUAUUAUCAAGAGGCUGCUCGUCACGCGUUAGCACGCCGGCAGCUCUCUCAAGUCCUCUGUUCUCAGACCUAUGAUCCUUUGAGUUACAGUGUGGACGGAAAUACCCAUCAUGCACCAUCAUCGUUUGAUGCGGAUGUGCUCGAUUCAGCAUCCACUUUGCGCGAUGAUACCGACCCGAUCUCCAUAGUACAUUCCCCUGUUGUGGAAUCAGCAGUACCCAAACGAAUUGCUGUAACAAAACCCGUUCAACUUUUCAGAGCACAGUCUCCUUUGCGAUUUGUAAGACGAUCCACUGCAGAUGGCCCGGCUGUUGCUGAUGGGUGUCCUCCGUCCCCCGUGACUCCUGCUGCAGACAUCUCUAUGUCGGUAUCGGCUACAGAAAAAGUGGAUGGCCUCGAAUUUUACGGUCAGCGACCUUGGCGUCAAGCUAUACAAAGUAUUGAACCACCCAACUUGAUCAAAGAACAGCAAGGCAUUCUAAGUCUCCUUAAAGCCGAACAAUUAGUGGACCACUCUGCUCUCAUUAUACCCUUGCUAGAACAGGCACAUUUACACUACACUCGAUAUAAAGCGGAACACAUGAAACUCUAUCCAUUGGUGUUAAUGGGAUCCGAGUAUUAUCGCAAGGGAGACUAUGAGAAGGCACUCAACUGUUAUUCCAGUGUGGUUAACGAAUAUCGAGCGGAAAAAUGGUGGUCCAUCCACACUUACAUUUCACAGUAUUUGCUAGGGUGCGCUUAUUUGACCUCACAUUUUGAUGCCUUCGUGUCGGCUGCGUUGGAACUCAUAGGACCAGAUAGCAUGCUACCUGUGUCGCAUAAGAACAUUGUACAACGAGCAUUGUUUCAACUUUUUCAAUGCAGAAAACUGGAUUCACUGUCGUUUGUGGCUACAGUGAAGCAACCGAUCGAUGUGGCAGAUGAGUUCAGUAAGAGUAACCUGACACCGAUUGGUGGCCCAUUAGCCAGCGAUUCCAGGGUCGAGGAUUCGUUGUCUGCGGUUUCGUCAUCAGUAGAUGUUACGCAAAACACAUCGCUCGAUGUGAGCCAACUGAGAAUAUGCGUCGAGUGCCUGGCUACCUUUACGCGGCCUCAUUUCACAGUGGAUCGACCUGUGCAACUUGCAGUAUUCCUCAGAUCUCACGCCCGAUUGCCUUUCCAAGUCCGACGUGUUACCGUUGACCUCACUCACAAGUGCAAAUCUUUCCCUAAGAAGCAGCACGCGAGCGAGCAGCACAGUUCGGUUUAUCAGACAUCUCAGGAAUGGUCUUCUCCGUUCGUCCUUUCGCCUGCCGAGGGCGUCAUUGUUAUUCUUUUUUGUCUGGAUCCAUCUACUCUCGGUCAGCAUGUCAAAGUGGACUCUGUACAAGUUGAGCUGACAUCCACACAUGCUUGUGAACAUCGCACCUCAGCGACAUUAGUAUGGCGGUGGCCUACUUCUGGAGAAGCACGCACUGUGCCAUUUAGUCACACUGGUGGUUCUGCGCUAUCCUCAUCCGAAGCACAUUCCUCAACCACUGUGCGCGAUCUAUCGAUUCACUUUCACUUUCCUUCUGAUUUGGGACUUGAGUGCCAACAUGAACCUACGUCGGUCGCCUUAUCAGAUAACUACAUGAGUUUGACCUUUCCUGAGCUUCCAGCAGCCUGGGACCUAGUUCGAACGCGACAUCAGACAGAAAUUCGUGAUCUCAGUUCCGGACUAGAAAUGGCUCUGAUCCACACCCCACCUGCGUUGAGCCGGGAAAUUUACACCAUCGGAAUCAAUGUGACUAAUAAGGCUUCUGUUGUAGCAGGACAAAUCAGCCUCUCCGCCACGUUAGUCGAACUCUCUAUCCCAUCCCGGAAGACGGACACUGAAGGAACCGUGUCCUUCACGAAGCUUUCUGUUCUCCCUGAACCCAACCCACUCAGUGGUAUCGAUGUCUCAGCUGUGGUUCGGGAAGAGCCAAAGAUUUUGAACUCACACAACAACUCCGUCACUGACACCUUAAACCUGUCCGAUAUGAUUCCGAACGAACAACACCUCUGGCCUUUGUACAUUCGGUGCACGGAACCAGGUCAACGUAACCUUCGACUACAGCUCACCUACCAGACACGGCUCUCCAGUCCAGUCGUCCCCGAUUUUUUGUUGUCUGUCGACCCAGAAAGUAACAAGUCUCGUCAUUCCAUCCGUGUGCUCUCGGUUGCCGAUCAUCUUGUUCAGAGAAACCGUGCUGAGAGCGUUUACGUUGAAAACCAGUGUGUCGAAACACUGCUGACGGACGUAAACGUGGUCGCUCCAUUCAGUUUUGCCUGUCAGAUCACGUCAAUACAGCAGGUCCCAAUAGCUGAUCUAGUUGUGGGCGAGCGCUUCUUGCUACAGCUUCAACUUGAAAACACCUCUACCAUGGAUUUGGAACUGCUAUCCACUUCAUUUCAACUGUCAUCUGCCGUUACCUUCGUGGAUUGUUCCCCGGACGUCCAAAUCAAGGACUUGACCCUGGAGGCUGGAAAUCUAGUUGGCGAGUGUCAAAUGUUGGAAGCAAAUCAAGCCACUGAUAGCGACAACACUGUUGGUCUGGGAUCUUACUUGGCUCACUGGUGCCGACGCGGUUCCCACUCUACGGACUCUGUAGUCACCACACGCUUCCAGCUGCCAUCGGUUACCGUGCUUAAAUUACCAGUCGUGGUACGCGCUGAAGUCCCGUCCACGGGCACUCUGCUCACUCCGCUGCCUGUAUAUUACUCAUUGGACAAUCAAACCAUCUGUCCUCGAGAGUUGAUUGUUCAUCUGGAAGGCUCAUCCGAUUUCAUGUUUUCUGGCCAACAGAAACUACGACUUCGCCUGCUCCCCGGGUCGCCCCAUGUUCUUCACUACGUUCUGCUGCCCUUGCACGUGGGCUACGUGCCACUACCCCGCAUGCGUCUGGAUUUUUCGGACAUCAACUCGCCAACGUCAGAUGAACAGCGGUCAGAAAAGUUGCAUUUAGAAGAAAAGACACUUCGGCAAAUUCCCACACAUAUUUUCAUUCUUCCAACGGCGAAGCAACCAACCGGCAUCGUCCGCUGCACAUCCUCCGGCACAAUUUCGAAUAACCCCGUAUCCUCGUCCUCGUGA